UCGUGGGGCACGCGGAGCGAGCCCCGGCGCAGGAUGUUCGUCCUGGUGGAGAUGGUGGACACCGUGCGCAUACCACCGUGGCAGUUUGAGCGGAAGCUCAACGACUCUGUUGCCGAGGAGCUGAACAAGAAAUUAGCUAAUAAGGUCGUGUACAACGUGGGACUCUGCAUCUGUCUGUUUGAUAUCACCAAGCUUGAAGAUGCCUAUGUAUUCCCAGGGGACGGAGCCUCACACACCAAAGUCCAUUUCCGAUAUGUGGUGUUCCACCCAUUCCUGGACGAAAUCCUCAUUGGAAAGAUCAAAGGCUGCAGCCCAGAGGGUGUGCACGUCUCUUUGGGGUUCUUCGAUGACAUUCUCAUCCCCCCCGAGUCACUGCAGCAGCCUGCCAAAUUUGACGAGGCGGAACAAGUCUGGGUGUGGGAGUAUGAGACCGAGGAAGGAGCUCAUGACCUGUACAUGGACACUGGUGAGGAGAUCCGCUUCAGGGUAGUGGAUGAGAGCUUUGUGGACACGUCCCCCACAGGACCUAGCUCAGCUGAGGCUGCCUCUUCCAGUGAGGAGUUGCCAAAGAAGGAAGCGCCGUACACGCUUGUGGGAUCUAUCAGUGAGCCAGGCCUGGGCCUUCUCUCCUGGUGGACCAGCAAUUAGCCCUGGAGCUUAACAGUGACUGGCCAGCCUGAAGACCCUGCCCAGACCUGACAAAGUGGAGCAGAUGCAGAUUCUGAGGAGUGCUGCCCAGAGCUAGGCUGGGUGGAACCAGGAGUGCCACCCACUUGUCUUCCCGAGCUCUGGUUCUCUGCCUUCUGGAGCCACCCCUGAAGUCCUCUGCACUGGAUUGCUUUUGUUUUCCUGACAGUCUAAUUGAUCCAGGCUGGCUUCUCACUUGCCGUACAGCUAGAGUAGCCUUGAGUUUCUGAUCCUCCAGCCUCUACCUCUGGAGUGCUGCGAUUGCACGUGUGCACCCCCACGUUGAGUUUAUGUGGUAGGAUGGAGCCAGGGCUGUGUGCACACCAGGCAGGCACUCUACCAAUUUCCCCAGCACAAGGACUGAGGAUGGAGCCCAGGGCCUCUCCCACGUGAGGAGGUUAUUGUGCUACUAGGAUACAAUAGGGUGAGCUAGGCCCACCCCAUCCUUUCUUGUGAACUUCUGGUUUUCAGUGACAGAAGAAAAUUUAAUAAAUAAUGACAGCAGCAAUAACCCUCCUCUCUUUCAAGAGCUGACACGAUCUAAGGUCACCGAAUUGACGACCUGGGACAGCAUUCCCAAGCUCGACAGUUGUAGGACUUGGGCAUUUAUGAGAGCACACUGCCUCUGCUGAGCUUGGUGCUCUGUAACAGAGGUAGAGGCACCAGGCCACAGCCAUCCUCCCCCAGCAUUUGGAAGGAGUUGCCUCCCCCCGCCCCCCCAAUGAGCCAAACCAACUCCUUGCCUAGGAAAUGGAGGCUGUGGGAUUACUGUCUGGUGUUGCUGCCUCCUCAGCUGGGACAAGUAUCAUGGGGUUUGUGAUGCCCCACGUCUCGGCAAAUGACUGCCAAGCCCUGCUGUCCUUUUCUCCAAUGGCACUGAGACACUUGUGUAAUAAGGUACUAUUUUGUGACAGACCUCCUUGGCCUGCCUGGGUCUUCCCAUCUGAUGCUGCCUAACGAAGAGGCCCCACCCUUCUGCAGAGGCGAGGGCUGGCAAAUGUCAUUCCUUUUCAGGCUGCUUUAUCUAGUUCAGGCUGGACUUGGGAGGCAGAGGCAGGUGGCUCUCCAAGUUCAAGUACUGGGCGCUGGGAUUAAAGGCGUGAGCUGCCACCACCCACUUUAACUACUCUCAGGGUAGUUAAAGACCAAGUCUAGUGCCAUCAGUCCCGA